UGCGCAGAGGAAAGGGGGGCCGAGGGCUGGGGGAGGAGAUCGGAAGGGGAGAGGUAAUCCCCGGCGUUCUGAGCAUCCCCUUUUAGAAAGACUGAGUCUCUCCCAGGACAGCUGCUGCGGUCACGCCACAAACUUAAAAGCCGCCCUCCCGCUCGGAGCGUGCCUUUCCUCGCCACACUCGCCUCCCCAAAGCUCCAGCUGGUGCCUGGCUCCCCGCCUGUCCCGUCUCGGCGCUCCGGAGCCAGCAGCGCCCCCUGCCUGCCUCCCCGUCUGGCCUCUGCGGCCGCAGCCUCCGCGCUCCGUCAGGGCCGCCGGCGGCUCCGCGGCUCCGCCAGGGCGGCCUCUCAGAGGAGCUCGCGCCGGUGCCCCCGGUCGCCGCCGCGCACGCCCACAGCCUGCAUCCCCUUCCUCUCUUCCCGAAAGGACAUCUGGCGCAGAGAGAGGCGGAGAAGAGUUCGCGGCAGAAAGACAGUGAUAACUUUGUGGAGAAAGAAGAGAAGUUGAAGACUGCAAGAGUUGAAGAUCACGUGAUUCUACCAUAUUGAAAAGCACCCAAAGACUUAGGGUUUUAAGAGGCCAACUCUAGCUAAAGUCCUGACCACAUAUUUUUAUCUACUUCUUAUCUGCCACGUGACCUUGGGAGAACCAUUUAACUCUAUACCUCAGUUUCCUCAUCUGCAAAAUGAGAUUAACACCCUUUGAAAGAGGACAUUGUUUUCAUCAUGACUGCUAAUAAAAAUGAGAGACCGAAGUCCAGGAGCCACAACUUUCACCUUUUUCAUGCCUUGAUGAUACUAAGCAUGACCAUGCUAUUUCUUCCAGUCAUUGGAACUUCUAAGCAAAAUAUUCCACGACUCAAGCUGACUUACAAGGACUUGCUGCUUUCAAACAGCUGCAUUCCCUUUUUGGGUUCAUCAGAAGGACUAGAUUUCCAAACCAUCCUGUUGGAUGAGGAGAGGGGCAGGCUGCUUGUAGGAGCCAAGGACCACAUCUUCCUGCUCAGUCUAGUUGACUUAAACAAAAAUUUUAAGAAGAUUUAUUGGCCCGCUGCAAAGGAACGAGUGGAAUUAUGUAAAUUAGCUGGGAAAGAUGCCAAUACAGAAUGUGCAAAUUUUAUCCGCGUACUUCAACCCUAUAACAAAACUCACAUUUAUGUGUGUGGAACUGGAGCAUUUCAUCCAAUAUGUGGUUAUAUUGAUCUUGGAGUCUACAAGGAGGAAGUUAUAUUCAAACUAGACACACAUAAUUUGGAGUCUGGCAGACUGAAAUGUCCUUUUGAUCCUCAGCAGCCUUUUGCCUCGGUAAUGACAGAUGAGUACCUCUAUUCUGGAACAGCAUCUGAUUUCCUUGGCAAAGACACGGCAUUCACGCGGUCCCUUGGGCCUACUCAUGACCAUCAUUACAUCAGAACCGACAUUUCGGAGCAUUACUGGCUCAAUGGAGCAAAAUUUAUUGGAACUUUCCCUAUACCAGACACCUAUAAUCCAGAUGAUGAUAAGAUAUAUUUCUUCUUUCGUGAAUCAUCUCAAGAAGGCACUACUUCUGAUAAGACCAUCCUUUCUCGAGUUGGAAGAGUUUGUAAGAAUGAUGUAGGAGGACAACGCAGCCUGAUAAACAAAUGGACGACUUUUCUUAAAGCCAGAUUGAUUUGCUCCAUUCCUGGAAAUGAUGGGGCAGAUACUCAUUUUGAUGAGCUUCAGGAUAUUUACUUACUCUCCACAAGAGAUGAAAGAAAUCCUGUAGUCUAUGGAGUCUUUACCACAACCAGCUCCAUCUUCAAAGGCUCAGCUGUUUGUGUGUACAGCAUGGCUGACGUCAGAGCAGUUUUCAAUGGUCCAUAUGCUCAUAAGGAAAGUGCAGACCAUCGUUGGGUGCAGUAUGAUGGAAGAAUUCCUUAUCCCCGACCUGGCACAUGUCCAAGCAAAACCUAUGAUCCACUGAUUAAAUCCACCCGAGAUUUUCCGGAUGAUGUCAUCAGUUUCAUCAAGCGGCACCCUGUGAUGUUUAAAUCAGUAUACCCAGUUGCGGGAGGACCAACAUUCAAGAGGAUCAAUGUGGAUUACAGACUGACCCAGAUCGUGGUGGAUCAUGUUGUUGCAGAAGAUGGUCAAUACGAUGUAAUGUUCCUUGGAACAGACAUUGGGACAGUCCUCAAAGUGGUCAGCAUUUCAAAGGAGAAGUGGAAUAUGGAAGAAGUAGUAUUGGAGGAGUUGCAGAUAUUCAAGCACUCAUCAAUCAUCUUGAACAUGGAGUUGUCUCUGAAGCAGCAACAAUUGUACAUUGGCUCCCGCGAUGGGUUGGUUCAGCUCUCCUUGCACAGAUGCGACACGUAUGGGAAAGCCUGUGCAGACUGUUGUCUGGCCAGAGACCCCUACUGUGCCUGGGAUGGAAAUGCAUGCUCUCGAUACGCACCCACUUCAAAGAGGCGAGCUAGACGGCAAGAUGUAAAGUAUGGAGACCCAAUCACCCAGUGCUGGGACAUAGAAGACAGCAUUAGUCAUGAAACUGCUGAUGAAAAGGUGAUUUUUGGCAUUGAAUUUAAUUCAACCUUUCUGGAAUGUAUACCUAAAUCCCAACAAGCAUCUAUUAAGUGGUAUAUCCAGCGGUCAGGAGAUGAGCAUCGAGAGGAGUUGAAACCUGAUGAAAGGAUCAUCAAAACAGAGUACGGGCUACUGAUUCGAAGUCUGCAGAAGAAGGACGCUGGGAUGUAUUACUGCAAAGCACAGGAACACACUUUUAUCCACACCAUAGUGAAGCUGACUUUGAAUGUCAUUGAGAAUGAACAGAUGGAAAACACCCAGAGGGCAGAGCACGAGGAGGGGCAGGUCAAGGAUCUGUUGGCAGAGUCACGGUUGAGAUACAAAGACUACAUCCAAAUCCUUAGCAGCCCAAACUUCAGCCUCGACCAGUACUGCGAACAGAUGUGGUACCGGGAGAAGCGGAGACAGCGAAACAAGGGCGGCCCCAAGUGGAAGCACAUGCAGGAAAUGAAGAAGAAACGAAAUCGAAGACAUCACAGAGACCUGGACGAGCUUCCUAGAGCCAUGGACACGUAGCUGUCUGUUUAAUUUAAAGAAAGGAAUUCUUUACCUGCAAAAAUACCGUCUUCUGUUUUGUACACCCCGUAUACUAACUCAUAAGAGCUUUCCAUGGAGUUUUGCUAAGGCAAAGAACACAAGAACAGUGAUCUGAAUAAGACCAUAUAUGGUCAAUAUGGCAUAGUAAGGGCAAAUAAUUCAGCUGGACCAGUUUUCCAAGAACUAAACACGUACCUGCAAAGUAUCAGAAUUAUCCUCAAAAUCGGGGCUUUACAUUUGUAAAUGUUUGAUGUGCUGAGUUUUUGAAUUUAUUAUGUCAUGUAAAUAAUUGAGCUGAGCGAGCAUCAAAUUUGAUAUUGCAAUAAGGUGCUUUAUUUCCCUUGUACGGCCAUUAAGCAUGGACUUGACCAUGCAGUUGUGCUAUAUAUGUGUUCUUAGGAACAGAUACAUCAUUCCACUCUAGAACUGGCUACCUUGUGGUAGGAAUUGUAGGGAAGACACAAAUUCAUACAGUUCACUCUAUCAGCAGGAACUUUCCCAGGGAGCCCUUCACUCUUGGUGCAGGGUUUAGGAAUUUGGAGAGGUGCGUUAUUUCAGACCCCAGAGGUUACAUUUGGUGUACUGCGGUGUGAUAUACUGAAGGAUGUAAAUGGUCCUCCCGGGAUUCCUUAUGCCUUGUCAAGAGUAACAGGUUCACAGAGAGAAGUUGGUGCUCGGUUAUGUGUUUUUUAGAUAUAUGCUGAGCUUUACAGGGACAGAACGUUUCAUAAAUAUUUUAAUAAUAUAUGAGAAAACAUUUUAAUAAGGGAAACACCAUGAUGUAUACUGUGUCCUAAUGGGAAUGCAUGCAGAUGGAAUUUGUUAAGAGACAGAAAGAAAGAAAGCCAUAAAUUCUGGCUUUGGGGAAAACUCAUAUCCCCAUAAAAAGGAAGAACGAUCACAAAUAAAGUGGGCAAAAUGUUAUGUAGCUUUAUUCACUAAAGUAUGAGUAGCUGCCAAUUUGCAAUCCAUCUGUUAAAAAAAUUCUACCUUAUAACAAACUGCUAGUGAAGUCUGAGGAAAAGUAAAUUUUCUAAAAGAUCAUGGGAAGAAUGAACACAAAUUUAUUUACAACCAAUGGGACUUCAGUAGUACUUCCUCUCUCUUUUUCUAAAAUUUCAUUAUACUCUGUAAAUUAUUUCCAUUUACUGCCUUUAUUCUCUCCUGAAUAUUGGAUUAUUGGGUUUUAUUUGAGUGAAUAGGAAAAUAACAAUAUAUACAUAUAGAGAGAGAUAGAAUUAGGUAGACAACAGAGGUGGGGAGCGGGGAUAUAUAUUUGUUGAGUAAUAGAACAAAUGCAAAAAUGUUGACAACGGAAAGGGUUAAAUUAACUCUUUGACAUCUUUUCUUCACACGGUAUUUUUGCAUUUCCCAAGAUUGUAUGCUGUAAUUCAAGUAGCAUUGUUUUAGUAAUUUAACAAUAAAUAAGCCUAAUGCAUGUAAAGAAAGCAAACUCACAGCAUUAACAUAAACAUUUUUCGUAUUUUGUUAGCACUUUCAAAUGUUUCCAAUUUGACUUUCCCUCUGCAGACCUAUGGUAUGUUUCCUGCCUGUUGGAGCAGAACUCACCUUUCCAUCUUGGAACACAAAACCCUUUGCCUU